UGACCCAUCAUCACAGCAGUAAGAAACUCGGCCAGCGAGGGAGCAUCCGGCUAAAGACAGCUAACCAGCAGAGAGACACCAAACCAAGCGACAGCAUGAAGAUAUUUCUGACGGUUCUGAUGGGGGCUUUGAGCCUGAGUGUGAGCCAGGCUGACAUUAGUUUGACCCAGCCGGGUUAUAACUAUCGCAUCCAGCAGCAGCCGCAGCCUCCAGUGGUCGCCCACCUGUUGAACCAACAACUCCAGCAGCAGCAGCAGCUGCAGCCUCAGCAAUCCUCGCAUCCGGUGCUGCCUCCUCUCCCACUGCCCUACCUGCCACCCAGUGGUCAUUUCCACUCCCAGUCAGUCGCUCGUCCCACCGCCACAACUGGAGCGUUUCCCAUGCCCACUGGAUUCCCCAUCAACUUCCAAACCGCUCCCGUCCAGCAGCAGCGACGUGCUCGUCCAAGGGUGAGGAUUCCCAAGCGGCCCAUCGUCACCAAGAACUUCUUCAUCCACUCGGCGCCCGAGGAAUCCGAGGAUGAGGUGCAGGACGAGCUGAACCAGUUGGCCCAGCAGCCGCGUAACCACUACAACGUGCUGUUCGUGAAGACUCCGGCCCAAACGAAUCGCGCUGCGGCUCUCAACUUGGCCAAGACCCUCAAGCAGGAGAAGACUGUGGUCUAUGUGCUGGCCAAGAAGACAACCGCCUCCGAUCUGCAGGAUGCCAUCGCCGAGGCACCACAGCACAUCAACAAGCCGGAAGUGUUCUUCAUCAAGUACAGGACGCCGGAGGAGGCUCUGAAUGCCCAGCGACAGAUUCAGUCGCAGUACGACACCCUGGGAGGAAGCUCCACCAUCACCGACGAGGGUGUGGCCCCCAUCACCUCGGUGGUUGGCUCCCUGGACCCCCCAGAGGAGGAGGAAGAGGAGCAGCAGCAGGUUCAGCAGCAGCAGCAAUCCGAUGGACACUUCGUGGAGAACGGAGCUGGAAACGGAGGCGCAAGUCCCAUCGGCAAUCAUUACCUUCCCGCGAACCAGUUUUAAGUAUUCUUCAUUGCCCGCCACAUCCAGAUCUAGUUAGCUGUCAUUAAUACCCUUAGCUUUAAGUGCCAGUUGUUACCAAACUCCGUAUUACAAAUUUCAUUGUUGAAAAA